AUGGGUUACGACGGAGAUUCCAACGAGCACUUCUGGUAUCCGGAAGAGCUGCAGCACGGCCCCCCUGCCAAGCUUCUGCUGAAGGAUGGAACCGAGUACUAUGGCUACUCGUUCGGCUAUGUGGACGAGUCGUACAACUACGGUGACGCGGGAAGCGUGGACGCGACGGGUGAAAUUGUCUUCACUACCGCCAUGGUCGGCUACGCUGAGGCGCUUACGGACCCGAGCUUCCUGGGCCAGAUCCUGGUAACUACUUACCCUACAAUGGGAAACACUGGAGUUGCCCCCUACGAGAAGGACGAGUUCGGAUUUUUGAAGUGGUUUGAAAGCUCGAAGAUCCACGUACGUGGUUUCGUAUGCUGCGACUACUCGCCACAUGACUCACACUGGUUGUCGUGCAAAUCAUUUUCUAAGUGGUUGUGCGAGGAGCGUGUCCCUGCCAUCGCGGGCAUCGACACCCGUGCGCUUACGAAGCACCUGCGUACGUGCGGCUCCAUGCUUGGUCGCAUCAUUAUCGGCCAUGCAGCAACCCUGCCAGCUGACUCCCGCCUGCUCUCAAACUCCGCCUUUUACGACACCAACAGCGUCAACCUCUUGGAGGAACUUCCGCUGUCGCCUCCGACGCUUUACACGAUGCGUGAGGUUGAUGGGCACAAGUACGUCUCAAAGUUCGAGUUCACCGAGGCUGAGUUGAAGGAAAUGUUGAUACGUGACCCGGGAUCCUUCCACGUAGCGGAUGCGAUGUCUGCUUUCGCCCCGAUGCUGAAGCACGAUGGUUACCCGAAAUACCCAGUUCAGCCGCACUGGCCCGCAGGUUCGUCCGGAGCAUCCAGUUCCGGCGAACUCUCGAAUUGCUUGGGUCUUAAGGAUGUCACGCUUCUUGUGGUUGUAAACUGUGGAACGAAGAAUAACAUCAUCCGCUUGAUGUUGCGCAUGUGCCCCACCCAGGUACGACUCCUGGUGGUUCCCUACAGCUUCGAGUUCGCGCGGAUUCCCUACGAUGGUCUGGUCAUUUCAAACGGCCCCGGAGACCCCAAAGAGGCGCCUUCCACGAUUGCGAACAUCCGCAUGGCCAUGCAAAGGACGGCUCCGAUGUUUGGUAUUUGUCUGGGACACCAGCUCAUGGCUAUCGCUGCCGGCGCUAAGACCUACAAGAUGACAUACGGCCACCGCGGAUUCAACCAGCCCUGCGUGGAUUUGCGCACGUCCAGGUGCUACAUGACUUCCCAGAAUCACGGAUUUGCGGUUGACGAGGAUACUAUUCCGCCAGACUGGUCUACGUUGUUUGUGAAUGCGAACGACGGUUGCGUCGAAGGUCUGAUCCACAUGGUUAACCCGUGGUUCAGUACGCAGUUCCACCCCGAAGCUAGCGGUGGCCCCACCGACACGACAUUCUUGAUGUUGGACUUCAUCCACACCCUGGGCAAGCACGGUAGCAUCCCGCUUCACAUCCGCGCCAUCGCUCCCCACGUCCAGUGGAAGAGAAUCUUGCUUUUGAGUAGUGGUGGUCUUUCCAUUGGCCAGGCUGGAGAAUUCGACUACAGCGGUAGUCAGGCUAUAAAGGCGCUUAAGGAAUCCGGAGCCGAGGUCAUUUUGGUGAACCCGAAUGUGGCUACCGUCCAGACCAGCCACGGUUUGGCCGACGUUAUAUACUUCCAACCCAUUACCUUCGACUUCGUCUCAGAGAUUAUCGCCAAAGAGCGCCCUGAUGGUAUCAUGUGCAGUUUCGGAGGCCAGACGGCGCUGAACUGCGGUAUCGAGUUGUUCAAAUCUGGUGUCCUUGCCAAGUACAACUGCGCAGUGCUGGGUACUCCCAUCGAGACCAUUAUCAACACUGAGGAUCGUGCCAUUUUCAACGAAAAGAUGGCCGAAAUCGGCGAGCGUUGCGCUCCUUCCAAGGUUGGCACCAGCGCCGACUCCUGUGUAGCCGCUGCUGCAGAGCUGGGGUACCCCGUGUUGGUGCGCACCAACUACGCGUUGGGAGGAUUCGGUUCGGGUUUCGCCAAGGAUGAAGCAGAAUUGCGCGACAUAUUGUCAAACAUUUUCACCCCAGGCUCGUGCCGUAAAGGACACGAACCCGAGGGCACCUCGUCUAAUAACGGCGCCGAGUCGGAAGAUGCCGCCGUAUGCGUUUACAUCGACAAGGCCCUGCACGGUUGGAAAGAGAUCGAGUUUGAGAUCAUCCGUGACAACAGCGACAACUGCAUAACUCCGGCAAGCAUGGAGAACUUUAACCCCCUCGGUAUCCACACAGGCGACUCCAUCGUGGUGGCUCCUGCGCAAACCCUGACCAACGUAGAGCUCUACAAGUACCGCGAGAUCUCUUUCAGGAUUGUUCGUCACCUUGGCAUCAUUGGUGAGUGCAACAUCCAGAUUGCCGUCAACCCGGAAACUGACGAGUACUUCAUUGUUGAGCUGAACGCACGCCUCAGUCGCAGUUCCGCCCUUGCGUCCAAGGCUACCGGAUACCCGUUGGCAUACGUUGCUGCCCGCAUAGCUCUGGGUUACGACUUGGUGCAGAUGCGCAAUGCUAUCACCUUGGUCACCACAGCUUGCUUCGAGCCAAGUUUGGAUUACGUGGUUGUUAAAAUCCCCAAGUGGGAUUUGCGUAAGUUCGAGUUUGCGGACAACCUGCUCGGCAGUGGUAUGAAAUCUGUUGGUGAGGUCAUGUCUAUCGGCCGCACUUUCGAAGAGGCCAUGCAGAAGGCGUUGCGUAUGUCCGGCGACGGCGUCACCGGUUUCAACAGCGGCGUCUUGUCCACAGCCGACCGUGAUGCCAUCGUAAACGGACUCGCGCAUCCUACCCCCGACCACGUGGCUGCCAUUGCCCGUGCUUUCGAGCUUGGGAUGAGUGUGUCAGAAGUGCACAGUUUGACCAAAAUCGAUCCGUGGUUCCUCCACCGUUUGAAUUACCUUCAUGUGUUGACGUCGAAUCUAGGCCGUUUCAGUCGCGUAUCGGACCUUUCUCGCAACCACAUGCGGUGCUACAAGGUGUACGGUUUCAGCGACAAGCAGAUCGCCGAAGGUCUUGGCGACUCCUCAGCUACUGAGGACGAAGUGAGGGUUCACCGUAAGUCGCUCGGCGUCAUUCCGAUGACGAAGGUCAUCGACACUAUGGCUGCGGAGUACCCGGCGAAGACCAACUACUGCUACAUGACCUACAACGGUAUUGAAAACGACGUGUUGCCCUGCAGCCCCGCAGACAUUGCUCGCAGCUCUGCUGAAGACACCGACUGCACCACCAAAUCGAGCGGUCCGGCUAUUGUAGUCCUUGGUUGCGGUCCUUACCGUAUUGGUUCCAGUAUCGAAUUUGACUGGUCCGCGGUGAGUUGCGUGAAGGCGCUUAGAAGCCUGGGUUACCGUGCCGUGAUAGUGAACUGCAACCCGGAGACUGUCUCCACUGACUACGACGUCAGUGACAGGCUGUACUUCGAGGAGCUCACUUGCGAGAUUUUGGAUGCGAUUAACGACUUUGAAAGGCCUAUGGGUGUCGUCAUUUCUGUCGGAGGGCAGACCGCCAACAACAUGGCCUGCAAGCUGCACAGCCUGGGACUAUCCAUUUUGGGUACCAGCGUGGAGUCCAUCGACCGCUGUGAAAACCGCAACAAGUUUUCCAAGCUGUGUGAUGUCCUCGGUAUCGACCAGCCCUCUUGGGAGGAGUUCACCUCCUUCGAGGCGGCAGAGCAGUUCUGCACCAAGGUGUCAUUCCCCGUCUUGGUUAGGCCCUCUUACGUGUUGUCCGGCGCUUCCAUGCGCGUGGUCGUUUCCUUUGACGACUUGAAGAGCUUCCUGCAGACGUCGGCUGUGAUUAACCGCGAGCACCCAGUGGUCAUAUCCAAGUUCAUUGAGAACGCCAAGGAGGUGGAGGUUGACUGUGUGGCGUCGCAGGGUAUCAUCCUGAACUACGCCAUCAGUGAGCACGUGGAGUACGCCGGUACGCACUCCGGUGACGCUACGCUGAUUCUGCCGGCGCAAAACAUUUUGGUCGGCACUCACCGUCGUGUGAAGAAGAUAACCCAGAAGCUUUCGCGUUACUUGAACAUCAGUGGUCCUUUCAACGUGCAAUACCUAUGUAAGAACAACCAGAUCAAGAUCAUCGAGUGUAACUUGCGUGCAUCCCGUACGCUUCCCUUCAUUUCGAAGACUUUGAACAUGAACUUCAUCGACCAGGCUACCCGCGUCAUGGUGGGCAGCCCCGCUCGGGUGCAAAACAUCCAGUUGAUGGACAUCGACUACGUUGCCAUCAAGAUGCCGGUGUUCUCGUUCGACCGUCUGUACCCCUCAGACCCAUUGGUUGGUGUGGAUAUGAAAUCAACCGGCGAAGUCGUUGGAUUCGGCGAGACCAAAUACGAGGCGCUCAUGAAGGCUAUGAUAUCAAGUGGCAUGCGCAUCCCAUCCCGAUCGAUUCUGGUAUCCUUCGGUACUGAGGUCGACAAGUUUUUGAUAUCUCGUAAAGUGGAAACGUUGCUUGAGCUUGGCUUCGACGUGUACGCCACUGAGGGCACCUACAACUUCCUCACCCGCAUGAACGAGGUUUCGACUUCUGAAGGUCCAAUGUCCGGUCGUUUGGAUGUGCGGUCGCUGCUGUCUUCCAACCUCGUUUUCUUCGAGGACACCAUCACUGACGGAUGGUCGGGCAACACCGAGAAACGCCCUCGUGGCAAGCUGUUGCCGGCGUACAAGCCCAGCGACGGUCGCGAGCCUAGUGCAGUGAGUCUGAUGAAGAGUGGCGCAGUUGACAUGUUUAUCAACGCUGCCGGCCGUGUGAACCCCGAACGCGCUUCGGACGGUUACAUCAUGCGCCGCACUGCCGUCGACAACAAGGUCACCGUGAUCACCAGCAUCAAGCUGGCGCUUCUGGUGAUUGACGCGCUGGUCAUGCGCCACAUCCGCACUUCAAAGGGCAAGGUCUUCUUCCACAACAAAAGCCACCAGGAAUACGUGAACUAA